UCGAAGGAAUUACAGAUCAAGAAGCAAUUCCAGGAGACGUGUAAGAUUCAGACCCGACAGUACAAGGCUUUGCGAAACCACCUGCUGGAGACGACGGGGAAGAGUGAGCAUAAAGCGGUGCUGAAGCGGCUGAAGGACGAGCAGACCCGCAAACUGGCCAUUCUUGCUGAGCAGUAUGACCACAGCAUCAACGAGAUGCUCUCGACUCAGGCGUUGCGGUUGGAUGAGACGCAGGAGACGGAGUAUCAGGUCCUGCGACUGCAGCUGCAGCAGGAGCUGGAGCUACUGAACGCCUACCAGAGCAAAAUCAAGAUGCAGACGGAGGCUCAACACGAGCGGGAAAUCAAGGAGCUGGAACAGAGAGUGUCCAUUCGACGGGCAAUCCUGGAACAACGGAUCGAGGAGGAGAUGCUGAGUUUACAGACCGAGCGCUCGGAGCGAAUCCGGAGUCUGCUGGAGCGUCAGGCCAGGGAGAUUGAAGCCUUCGACUCGGAGAGCUUGCGGCUGGGAUUCAGUAACAUGGGCCUGAGCGGCCUCUCCCCAGCUUCGGCCUUCAGCCACUCCUACCAGCUCAGCAACCCCGGCUGGGGCGGCAGAGCUCCGGCCCGGGGGGGCGGCCAGUGGAGCCAGGGCGGGGUCCCGGGCCCUGGCCCCGGCUCCGGACCCCCGCAGGCCCGGAAGCAGCCCCCUGUCCUGGCCCCGGGGCCCUGGGCUGUCCCGCCACCUGGGCCCGGCUCGAGGGGGAGCAGCCUUGCCCUCCGCAACAGCCCCCAGGCCCUCCGGAGAACGGCCUCCGGAGCUCAGACCGAGGCUGGGAUCAGUCGCAGCAGCAGCGUCACUUCCCAGAUCUCCAACGGAUCCCAGCUCUCCUACUCCUGA